AUGGCAGACGCAGACGAGGACUUGAUUCGCACCCCCGAAAAUGUCUCUACACAGCCCGAGGUCGAUCUAUCCGAUGAGACGCAGGACUUCCGCUUCUUAAACCACUUAAACUUCUUUGCCGAUUCAUCACCCAGUAUUCCGCGCCGCGGCGAGAAGGACUUCGAGCCCAAUCCGACAGAACUUCAAGCCGAUGUACUCUCCGCUUCGCGAGGGGCCAUGCAUAAUGCACUCUCAUAUCCCCGUCUCCACGCUACCAAAACUCGGAUCAUAGCUUUCUACGCACCCGAUGGGUAUGUUCCUCCAGCUCAACCUGAUCGCGCGACACCGAAAGCUGGCGGAGAAGACGGCAAGAGCUUGGAGUCUUCUCCCACCCCCGUGAGGCCUUUGCCCAAUUCCGCCAGGAUAUCCCCCGACGCAUGUGUCUACGUGCCCAGCCCAAAGGGUCAAUUUUUUAAGACAAUGGGCCAGGCAGACUCGUCAAGCCGUGUCUGGCUAUUGCCAGAGGAAGCCUUGUAUCUCAUCGAGCGAGGAAGUCUAGAUAUCAGAUGGCCUAGCUCGUCUGGGUCUACCGCGGGUUCAGGGGAAGAAGACCUCUCGGUUCCUAUGAGCGUGCAGGCUGCAUAUGCAUGCUUCAUGGGGCGUGGUGGACUAACGCUGGAGCGUUAUUCCGUUUAUACUAGUCUCAGGCGCCUGGGUUAUGCGCUGGUUCGAGCGCCUGGGUGGUACGAUGACAUGGAGCAGCCGGAUUCGGAUGUCACAGAUGCUAGUGAAAGAAUAUCACCCAAGUUUCAUGGUCCCGGUCUGGCGGGUUUGCUUGGGUUAGUUUUCAAUUGGAUCCAUGACCCUCACUCGACGGCCUCUACGGCAACUGGCCCAAUCAUCGGCACUGGCAUUCACCGUCAUUACAUGGAUGUAUACCGCAAGCUCGCCAUCAUUCCAUGGUACGACCCAGUCACCGCGCCGGAAAGACACCCCUCUGAUACCACACCCCCCUUCCGCGUCGUGUUCCAUAUUUACAAGCCCUCAACUCCCUUCAAAAAGUCCGCACUUCCAACUCCAGACUUCCGCAUCGCGGUCGUCAGCACACGCGACCAAACCACCAUGCCCACUAUGACACAACUCGGUGCCUUGCUCGAAAGCACGCCACUUGACCCCCCGCGCGGGGAGAAAAUGGACCGUAUGAUGUACAUGAGACUCCGACAUGGAUAUCGUAAUGUGGUCAUGGCUGUCGUUGAUCAGGGUGUGAUCAGUUACUUACGAAUUGCUGAUUCGGCGUUCGGGAAGGAGAAGCUUUAUGAGAACAAGGGUGGACCUCAAGGUCCUAAGCGGAAUCGAGCAAACCAGAAGCCGAGGAAACGUUGA